GAAAUUGUGACCGGAAGUAGUUUGGCGCAUGCCGUAGUUCUGCCGGUCGGGAAUGUCGUCGUCAUAAAUCCAAACAAGCAGAUGCAAAAACCGAAUAACCUCACUCGUCGCCCUCGCUAGGCAUAGUAUUGGGUCGAACUCUAGUAUGGAUGUUGAUGACUGCAAUGGCCAGUCUUACACAUCAGUUAAUAGUGGAGACUCUUCAACGGAAAGAGAUUUUUCUGGAGGUCUCGGUGGUCGGACAGUAAGCACUCCAAACAGCAAAGAAACGUCACCUCAUCGCUCACUCAGUGCAAAUUCCAUUAAAGUGGAGUUGUACAGUGAUGAAGACCCCGGUCCCAGUAACGACGAUGAGCGAAUGGAACGUCCAGAGGAAGGAGGCGUGGAUCAGGGAACGGAGGCACCUGGUUACAGAGAGCUUGCCAAUCAUGACAACAUCAGAUUGCCCAGUGGGAAGCUGAAGUGUGACAUCUGUGGAAUGAUCUGCAUUGGACCUAAUGUUCUCAUGGUGCACAAGCGCAGCCACACAGGUGAGCGGCCAUUCCAGUGUAAUCAGUGUGGUGCCUCCUUCACUCAAAAAGGAAACCUGCUCCGUCACAUCAAACUGCACUCCGGAGAGAAGCCCUUUAAAUGUCCUUUGUGUAACUACGCCUGUAGAAGAAGAGACGCCCUCACCGGUCAUCUUCGCACUCAUGCCGUAUCCUCUCCAACUGUUGGGAAGCCAUAUAAGUGCAGUUACUGUGGUCGCAGUUACAAGCAACAGAGCACAUUGGAGGAGCAUCUGGAACGCUGCUACAACUACUUACAGAGCGUGGAGUCGAAGCAGCCUAAUAGCGCUCAGCAUCUGGGGGAGGAGAUUAGGGAGAUGGAGUACAUAGCCGACUCCCGGCUUCAUGCCUCCUCAGACAAGAUGACGUUUGUUGAUCGGCUUGCCAGCAGCGUCACCAAACGCAAAAGAUCCAUGCCGCAAAAAUUUGUAGGACAGAAGCACAUACAUCGUGGACAUGCACCUUAUGAGCCUCAAGCUGCUUUGGACAAAGAUGGAGAGACGCAUCCAGGAGACUUGGAAGUCCUACACACUCCUGGAGGAGAGUAUGCAGGUGUAGCUGCCUGUGGAGGCGGGAUGGCGGACACCCUGCAGCCUCUCCAUCUCCCCACAACUCACCCUUCGUGUUUAUCCGAACUCCAAUCGAUGCACGGCGCCGCUUACACGCCCGGCGCUCUCGGUCUGAGGCUGGACUGCGUGGGUUCCGGUGCGGGGCUGGGGAGCGCCAAUGCGGGGAGAAGAGAAGCGGCGGAGGGUCACGAAGACCUGCCCGUGGGUCGGAGUCAGGCAACGUCCCCCAGUAACGGUUGCCAGGACUCUACGGACACGGAGAGCAUGCCGGACGAGCCGUGCAACAGCACCGCUCCCGGUGCUGCCCUUUAUAGGAACAACGGGCAUCAUCUCCACAACGCGGCUCCUCCUCCGCACUACAAGAUUUGGGACAGACGCAGCCCGGGCCACGCCAAAGACGGGGAGGUCAAAAGAGAGGACGGGGGUCACCACGCGGCCCCUCCAUCUGGCCUCGCCCCGAUGCCCAGUUCACCUACGACGCCCUCGUCCACCUCCAGGGAGACACUGCGAGUGGUGGACGGCGAAGGGCGGACGGUGCGCUGCUUCCGAUGCGACCACUGCCGCGUGUUCUUCCUGGACCACGUCAUGUUUACCAUCCACAUGGGCUGCCACGGAUUUCGCCAGCCUUUCGAGUGUAACAUCUGCGGCCAUCGGAGCCAAGACCGCUACGAGUUUUCUUCUCACAUCGUCCGUGGAGAGCACAUCCUGGACUGAGGAACGGAGUCAUUGAGCUCGGCCUGGCUCGGUUUGGUCUGCACGGUGCAAAGGAACCAUAUUAUUUAUCAUGACGCACUUUGAACAUGCACUUUCCCAUCUGCACAUGUGCCUUGCGCCCCAAUUCAGGAUUCCCACCUGAUGCACCUACUGUGGUUGACCAAUCCGACCUGAAAACUCUCAAGCACUUUAACAGAUUCUUCAUCCCAAAAAGUCAAAUGUGAAGACAUUCGCCUCCUUUGAAGACACAUCCCUUAAAAAACUCACAUUCACUGUCAACUUUUUCCAACCCUUGUUAAGUGCAGACCAAAUUAGAGAGCCAGGUCUAAGUUCGUGAGAUCUUUUAAAAGUUGUCUGUGAAUCCUAAAUGCACUUUUGGUUUUGUAUCAAAUGGUGGAGUGAUGGAAGUGAGUGUACUUCUAUCUGAGAUGCCCUUCAUUUUCUGGAAGUAGGAUGUGCAAGUGUACAAUGAAAGCCUUUACUUGGAUGACUUGACUACUCGUGUUGUGUGUCUGUUGUUAAUUAUUUGUUCUGUAACUGCUUCUGUUGCACUGAUACUCGCCAGAAUAUCCUGAUUAUAUUAAACUGUUUUCUAGAAUAUGUCACAAACUGCACAUUUCUCUCAAUGAAUGAGGAAAAAAAACAUCACUGCCGCUGAAGUGGGAGAGUUUGAUCAUAUGUCAAAUCUGCAAAUGAUAUGUCAAUUCGGUUGCAACUAUUACUUGGUUUGAAUUGUGCCUUCCCUUGUUGUAAUUGAAAUUCAGUGACUAGCGCUGAAGCUAUGAACUAACAAUCAUAUCCUCAAACAUACAAAAUUGUGUUGGAAUGAGUUACCAAAGAUCUCAAGUUGUCUUUAACGCAGGUGGGAUUUCUAAACAUAGAUCUACACAAGAGCAAAACCUCCCAGUUAUAUCAGCAUCAAUGUCAAAUAUGACACUACAAAGUGUUAAAAUAUUAAAUGUGGCCAGCACUGCUUUUUUGGUAAAGCCUUUGUCCUUCAAUAGGGUUAUAUAAAGAUGAUUUUGAAUUGUAUGAUAUAAAGUGAAAACAAUUUGACUGUUCUUACAACUCUCAAGCUACACUUUACAAAACAUUAAGCACAAGCCUAGAAAUGAAAGAGAAGCAACAAAAACCACGUUGAAACCUCAAAUAUAAUCAAUUUUUGUAAGUCGACUUACAGGUCCAUUUUAUUUUCUUACACUUUUGGUCAAAUUAAGGAUUCACCUAUCAUUUAAUCAUUAAAGUUAGCUUGCCUUACAUUCAAGUGUUUGGACUGUUGUACUAAGAAAUGUUUAUUUAAAAAAAAGUUCCCUACUUGAUAUAUGCUUUGAUGUAAUGAGUAACUUGCACCGGCUUGCUUCCUGUAUGUUGUCCUUUUUGAUAUUGUGCCUUCUUUCUUGUAGUGUUUUUGCAACUAUUCACCUUGUGCUGCAAAAGUCCAGCUUUGUGACAUGCUCACCACCACAAACUUUCCCCUUGGUAGAACCACUUGACACUUUUUACUACAAGAGGUCCAUAGGAUAAAUGCUGCUGCUAAAAGCCAAAGAAAUCUCCCUGCAGACAUGAAACCUUUGCUGGCUUUAAGUGUCAAAAUUAUGAAAAAAA